UAUCUCUGAUUUACACACUGCUCAUUUCAUUUCACACAAACACACAGCAAGCUGCUCUCUGACAAAAAGAACUUCUUCUGGCUGAUGCUGAGGUGUAAAUGCACAGAGCAUCACCAUGGAAACCGUGUCAGUCGUGCUCCUCCUGCUUUCAGCUUCUACUCCUCCAGUCCAGAACCAACUCACUUCACUUCCGGGUCACAUGAAUCAGACUGAGGCUCGGAAAGCUUGCAGAAAAAAAUACACCAACCUCGUCACUGUGUACUCUGAUGAAGACAACACUAAACUGGCUGAACUGAUGAUGAAGGCUGGUAUUUACAUUGCCUGGAUCGGACUCUAUCGCAGUAAUUUUAGUGAGAAAUGGUCUAAUGGUGAUAAUGUAACAUACAGAAAUCUGACAGGGGAUUGUGGGACAUCGAGCAACUGUGCUGCUAUGAAGGCUGAUGGUUCAUGGGAAAGUGCUCCAUGCACAUUAGCAAGAUAUUUCAUGUGCUAUGAACAAGCUUCCUCACAGACUCCUAAUUAUCAUCUUAUCCUUGAGACUAAGACCUGGUAUGAAGCUCAGCAUUACUGUAGACAGAGAUACACUGACCUGGUCAGCAUCAGAGAUCAGCAGCACAAUGAAGAGGUGAGGAUUAAAGGGUUAAACAGCAGCACACCCUUCUGGAUCGGCCUGCUGUGUGAUGACUGGCAGUGGAUUGAUGGAGGAAUCUCUGCCUAUAGAAACUGGGCUUGGCAGCGCGGUAAACAUAAUCCAUCACCAUACAACUGUGUAGUACAAGAUAUAUCGGCAUGGAUAUGGGGAUGGAGAUGGGGAUGGAGAUGGGGAUGGUACUCAGUCCCGUGCGAUUAUCCUUACUCUGCUUUGUGCUACAACACUUUUACUCCUCCAGUCCAGAACCAGCUCACUUCACUUCUGGGUACCAUGAAUCAGACUGAGGCUCGGAAAGCUUGCAGAGAAAAAUACACCGACCUCGCUACUGUGUACUCUGAUGAAGACAACACUAAACUGGCUAACCUGAUGAGAAAGGCUGGUAUUUACAUUGCCUGGAUCGGAAUCUAUCGCAGUAAUUUCAGUGAGAAAUGGUCUAAUGGUGAUCUUGUAACAUUCAGAAAAAUGACAGGGGAUUGUGGGACAUCAAACUUCUGUGCUGCUAUGAAGCCUGAUGGUUCAUGGGAAAGUCUUAACUGCACAGACACAAGAUAUUUCAUGUGCUAUGAACAAGAUGCUUCCUCACAGACUCGUAAUUAUCAUCUUAUCCUUGAGAAUAAGACCUGGUAUGAAGCUCAGCAUUACUGUAGACAGAGAUACACUGACCUGGUCAGUAUCAGAGAUCAGCAGCACAAUGAAGAGGUGAAGAUUAAAGGGUUAAACAGCAGCACACCUUUCUGGAUCGGCCUGCUGUGUGAUGACUGGCAGUGGAGUGAUGGAGGAAUCUCUGCCUAUAGAAACUGGGGUUGGCAGAGUGGUGAACCUCAUCCAUCACCAUACAACUGUGUAGUACAUAAUAUAUGGGGAGGGAGAUGGUACUCAGUCCUGUGUGAUUAUCUUUACUCUGCUUUGUGCUACAACAAUUACAUCCAUGUGAGUGAAGAGGCUCUGAGCUGGGAGAAAGCGCUGGAUUACUGUGAUAAAGAGAACAGAGCUGGAAUUCUGAUCAUCGAUUCUCAAGCUGAACAGGAACAGUUAGAGUCUGAGCUCAUGAGGAGACGUGUCCCUCCAGGGUCUCUGUGGGUGGGGCUUGGAGCAAACCGUCUCUCUGAGCUGAAGGUGUCCUCUGGUCCGCUGACCUGCCAGGACAUACAGAGACAGAGUGAAGCUGACACACACACUGCAGGAGCAGCACCAGAUUAUGUGAUGGACUCCACUGAACUUCGAGGCGUGUGUAAACUGAAGUGUUGAGCUGAAUCACAGAGCAGGAAAAAGUGAGCAGGAAGUGUUCACACACUCAGAGCUUCACACAUCAAUUGGACUUCACAAGAAUAUUUAGAAUAUAUAUUUCAUGCUGUUAAUGCUUCUCUAAAUUCUUGUUUAAGAUAAAAUUGAUUAUACUUUCUUUUCUUUUAUCAUAUCAAUAAUAAGAAACUGGAAUUUUACUCUUUUUUACGAUAACUUUUGUGUUGUAUUUUCUUCAUUUACAGCAGUUGAGUUUAGUAACUACUGAUAAUCUAUAUUAAUAAACUG